GAUUAAGCACGAGGAGUACCAUUUAAUUUCGAACCAACAUUUACGUGUUAAGGUCGUUCAAUCAACACUGCACUUCUGUAUACCCCGCGUAUUCAAAGUUUGCUUUACAAAAACUCAGUAGUUUAUUACCUUGGAGAACUAUGAGGUGUGCUUCAAAGAUCUUUGUUCCUAUCGCGAUUGAAAUAAUAAAAUUGGUGGUUUAUGCAUAUGAAUACCUCACAUGGCCACUGUACUAUCUGUUCAGCAAGACUUUGAGAUACAUGCCGCUUCCAAAUUCACCUGUUGAAAGCGAUUGGACUUAUAAUGAAGAGGAAAGUCGUACUCUGGCAUUGCCUGUACGGGAUGGUGAUCCUAGUUCACCGUGGAGAGCAGUUGAAUCACUUGAUGGCCUGACAAGUGGAUUACCUGGAUGUAAAGAUCUAGUUGACAUAUGGCUUCGCACAGUAAAAUUGUGGCCUGACCUGCCUGCUUUUGGUACAAGAGCUGUUCUGAAUACAGACUACAAGACUGCUCCCGAUGGACGACAAAUGAUUGAAUUGACUUUGGGUGAAUAUUCUUGGGAAACAUUUUGGGACGCUGAACGUCGUGUGUCUAAUUUAGCAGCAGGUUUGUAUUCAAUGUUGGGGUCCGUCAGAGAAAGCAAUCAACCAAUUGCAAUUUUCAGUGAAACAAGAGCGGAGUGGAUGUUUGCUGCGCAGGCCUGCUUCCGUCUCAAUAGACCUGUUGCUACUUUGUAUGCCACACUGGGUGAGGACGCAUUAGUGCAUGGAUUCAAUGAAACAGAGGCUGUAGUCGUAUUGACAAGUGAUGAACUCCUGUCUAAAGUGAUUAAAAUUGUCCAAAGAUGUCCUUCAAUUCAACGCGUUGUCUAUUUCACAAAUGGAAUCUUCAAUCGGGAGCUUUAUACAGAGGUUGAUAAUCUGGCUGUACCGACGGGAACUGCUACAGCUAGUAUUGCUGAAGCAUUAAUAAAAUGCCCACCAAACUUGCAUUUACACGAUAUUAUUGAAGUAGAACGCUUAGGAGCUGCUGUGAUCAUGAAAGAAAAAGAGAAGCAGAAAGCAAAUGGCGCUUUGCCAACUGCAGGUGAUAACAAUCAUUCUUCGAAUGGCUAUGAAGGUUUAUGGAUGCCUCCUGUGUCAGAUCGGGUCAAGCCUUCGGAUUUGGCUGUGAUUAUGUAUACAAGUGGAUCAACAGGUCAACCAAAGGGUGUUGAAAUGACACAUGAGAACUUAGUCAGUGCUAUAGGUGGCCAUCUACAACGUUUACCAAAACUGCGUAGUAACUACGACAUAUAUAUUGGUUAUCUACCGUUAGCCCAUGUGCUAGAGCUGACAUGUGAAUUGUGCUGUGUCAUAAUGGGUGUCAGGAUCGGUUAUUCAAACCCACAAACGUUGACAGACACAUCUUCGCGUAUUAAACGUGAUCACUGUGUAGGUGAUGUUACCCUACUACGACCGACUCUUUUCGCCAGUGUACCUACUGUGCUGGAACGUAUUUCUAAAGCUGUUUGGGAGAAAGUUAACGCUGGAGGGGAAUUCCUUCAAUUGCUCUUCAAAUUUGCUUAUGCUUACAAGUGUCGACGAAUCCAUGGUGGAUUUCCUAGUUUUCUUGUGGAUCGAUUAGUUUUCCGUAAGGUUAGAUCACUUAUGGGUGGUCGAAUUCGUUAUAUUGUUAGUGGUGGAGCACCAUUGUCAGAAGAUUCACAUUUAUUCACAAAUAUAUGCAUAGCACCUAUCCUUCAAGGUUAUGGACUUACUGAAACUUGUUCUACUGGUACUUUAAUGGAAUGCGGUGACCUACGAUGUAAUCAUACUGGGGCGCCUUCUUCUUCUGUACAAAUACGUCUGAGAGCCUGGCCUGAAGGUGGUUAUUCUCCGUACGAUACACCGUCACCACGUGGAGAAAUCCUUAUUUCGGGUAAACCUGUUUCACGAGGCUAUUAUCGACAACCGGAAUUGACAGCGAGAGAUUUCAUAACUGAACCAGACGGCACUCGAUGGUUCUGUACAGGCGAUAUUGGAUUGAUGCAUACAGAUGGAAGUCUAUCGAUUAUUGAUCGUAAAAAAGAUUUAGUCAAAUUACAAGCUGGUGAAUAUGUUUCACUGAGUAAAGUUGAAUUAGCACUUAGUCAAUCAAUUUAUGUCGAACAAAUCUGUGUCUAUGUUGAUCCAUCACAAAAUUAUCCUAUCUGUUUUGUAUCGCCGAAGUUGAAAGCACUGCUUGAAUUAGCACAAUCAUUGAAUCUAAUUCAUUUACUUGAAGAAGCAAGGGCGACACUUCCAGAGCAGUCGUUAAAAGAUCCAAUUGCAAUUGAACAUGUUGAACGUGUUACUCUGUGUAAACAUCCUCAGAUCAUAUCUGCUGUUUUGAAAGAUUUACAUCGUGUUGCCAGAGAGAAACGUUUAUGUACAUUUGAAAUACCACAAAAAGUUGGCCUGGAUACAAUCGCUUGGACACCAGAUACUGGUUUAGUGACAGAUGCAUUGAAAUUGAAACGUUUCAACCUACAAACUCGUUUCCAACGUGAAAUUGACGAACUCUAUCACAAGGAUACACGAGCUUAAUUCUCUAUCGCAUUCUUCGUCUCCUUGAAAUAAGAAAAAUAAUAAUAACAAUGACAGUAAUACACUAGUAAUGAUGGUAAAGUAUCUAUAUAUAUAGUUAUACAAAUGUUAAUAUGGACGCAGAAAUGUUUGCACAUUCCACUCCCAUCGUAUGUAUUAUAUGUAUACAGAUACAUAUAUAAACAUAUAUUAUCUAAACGGAUUCUUACAGCUUAAUUACUAUUAUUAUUGUUAUUACUAUAUAUAAAGUGUUGAAGGUGUUUGUUGGACUAAUCAGUGUUUAUUUAUUCGUGUGCUUACAACAUACUGUGAUUGUGCAGUACAUAAAAUAGACAGACGUAGGUAGAUGGUGAUGAUUUAAGAGAUUGUUGUUGUUGGCAUUGUUAUUGUUGUUACUCUUUGUUAUUUUGUUUUUUUCCGCGUUUAUUUUCUCUCUUUGCAAUUACCAAUUUACUGUAAUCAUCACUUUAUAUAUUGGCCUUUGUGUAUUUUGUAGUUUUACUACUCACUUUAUAUGUGUGUUAUUGUGAUUGUUUCCCUGUUCGUCCAUACUAUUAUUAUUAUUAUCUUUAUUAUUGUUACUAUUACUGCAUUGGAAUUAAGAACUGUUUCUUGCACAGUCUAUGGUAUAUAUUAUAUGCAUAUUCGGUUGGUACUCAGUUAGUAAUCAAUAUUAUCAUCAUCAUAUAUUCUUUCAGCAUAUUUCUAUUCAGCUAACUAACAUGGAUGACUACAGCUAAUCAUCAUAGUAAUGGUAGUGUAUAAUAUAUAUAUAUAAAUAUAUACAAAGACGCACAAUUCUCUACUCAUUUUCACCUCAUUCAUACGCAUCAUUCAUUCAUUAUUAGUGUUAUGCUGCUGCAUGACGACUUCUACCGCAUACACAAACCUACUUUGAAGUGUUUUUCGAGAUAACACUCUACUGUCGUCUCCGUCGCCAUUGUUUUCACUGGGGGGCUUUCUUUUCGUCGUAUUAAUUGUUUUUCUGUUUUUUUCUAUUUCAUUAAUUUUGCCACCUCUUUUCUUGAUGAUGAUGAUGCUGUUAUUGUUGUUUCUGUUGUUUAUUCUUCUUUGAGGGGUGGUGUGCACGUGGGUUUGUGUAAGUGUUUUUUCUUGUCUCUUUACAAUGCGUGCUUGUUUGUUCGUUUGUGUGUCUAUGUAUGUGUGCCUAUAAUGUAACUUUGCUCCAUGUUUGCUUCCUUUACUCUCUUUCUUUAUUUCAUAGUAAAUAUUUGUAUACGUAAUGAUAUAAUAGUAAUGGUAGUAAAUGAGACAAGAAAAGGAAACAUUAUAUUUCUAUUGUGGUUUUGUUUACCAAUUUUUUUCUUCUGUUGUCGUGUUACUUCACUUACUUUACUCUCAUUUUUAUAAUCUAUAUAUAUAUGUGUGUGUGUGUGUGGGUGGGUGGAUGGAUGUACUUCUAUGCUUAUUAUUUAUGUAUGCGCGUGUGUACCUCUAAUUAUUUUUCACGAGAAUAACUCCCCUGUACUACACUCCGUUCUCUUUUUUUGUUGCACAGGGCAUUUUCCACCUGUAUGUGCUUCUUUCCUCAAUUUGUCGCCUUUCAUAUUCUUUGCAUUAUAUGCAGUAGAAAGAAUGUGUAUGUGUGGGUGUAGUCCUUUAAAAUAAUUGGGCGGGGGGAUCAUUUGACUGUGUCCGCAUAUAUGUGUUAUGUGAGCGCGUAUGUGUGUGAGUGCUCGCGUGUGUGUCUUUGAGAUGAUUUCAUAACUCAUUCAUGGACUCUCCUCCUCCUAAAUACACCAUUUUUUGUAAAUUUUUAAAUUUGUUUCAUAUACAUAUAUAUAGUGAAAGUUAUUCUUGGACAUUUUGAGUUCUGUUCUUUAUUUGUUCUUCUUUUUGGUUGUUGUU